AUGACACAAGUCACAAAAAAGUCUACAGAACACCCAGAAAAGACCAUGUCAACCACAGAGAAAACCACAAGAGCCUCAGGAAAGCCUACACUAUACUCAGAGAAGACCAGAUCCACCAAAGAGAAAAACACAUCAGUCCCAGAAAAGCCUACAGAAAACCCGAGGAACACCACACUGACCACUGAGACCAUAAAAGCCCCAGUAAAGUCCACAGAAAACCCAGAAAAAACAGCAGCAGUCACAAAGACUAUAAAACCUUCAGUCAAGGUCGCAGGAGACAAAUCUCUCACUACUACCUCUUCUCAUCUAAAUAAAACUGAGGUUACUCAUCAGGUGCCCACUGGUUCUUUCACCCUCAUUACACGUAGAAUGAAGUUGAGUGCUAUCACAUUAGAAGCCCCAGGCAAUGAGAGCCAUCCAUACCUCAAUAAAGAUGACUCACAGAAAGGUAUCCACGCUGGACAGAUUGGGGAGAAUGAUUCAUUCCCUGCAUGGGCCAUAGUUGUUGUGGUCCUGGUGGCUGUGAUUCUCCUCCUGGUGUUCCUUGGCCUGGUCUUCUUGGUCUCCUAUAUGAUUCGGACACGCCGCACACUAACCCAGAACACCCAGGACAAUGACCCAGAGGAUGAGGGUGGCCCCAAUUCCUACCCAGUCUACCUGAUGGAGCAGCAGAAUCUUGGCAUGGGCCAGAUCCCUUCCCCACGGUGA